CCAUAGCCGAACCAGAUGCCGAAGCAGAUCCUAAAUAUAAACAUAAAUAUUAUAAACGUGACCCAGAAGCCGAUGCUGAAUCCGAUGCCGAAGCAUAUAAUUAUAAACAUACAUAUAAAAAUUCCAAACGUGACCCGGAAGCCGAUGCCGAAGCAGAUCCUAAAUAUAAACAUAAAUAUUACAAACCCUAUGCUGAAUCCGAUGCUGCUGCUUACGAUUAUAAUUAUGGCUCUUAUUAUAAAUCGAAACAUAGUAAACAUAAAAGUUACAAACGUGACCCGGAAGCCGAUGCUAAAUCCGAUGCCGAAGCAGGUCCGAAAUACAAAAAAUAUUACAAACGUGACCCGGAAGCCAUUGCUGAAGCUGAAGCCAAAAAAGAACCCUACUAUGUUGAAAAACAUAAAUAUUACAAGCGUAAUCCGGAAGCCAUAGCUGAAUCUGAUGCUGAUGACGAUAAAUACCUCUAUUAUAAACAUCACAAGCGUGAUCCGGAAGCUAGAUAUUUUAAGCGCGACUCUACAUAUUCUUAUUCAUAUGAUGAUAAAAGUUAUAGCAAGAGUACAGACUAUAGCAAGAGUACAGACUAUAGCAAGAGUACAGACUAUAGCAAGAGUUCAGACUAUAGCAAGAGUUCAGACUAUAGCAAGAGUUCAGACUAUAGCAAGAGUUCAGACUAUGGUAAAAGUUCCGACUAUAGUAGCGACUAUGGUAGUGGGUAUGGUACUGACUAUA